AUGUCACUCAAGAAGUUAAUUGAAGAAUAUGUAUCCAAACACCCUAAAUCUGACGGGAUUGAAUUUACGUAUGGGACCGCUGGAUUCCGUAUGAAUGCCGAGUGUUUGGACUAUGUCAAUUACACUGUGGGCAUACUUGCUUCGUUGAGAUCGAAAAGUCUUGGAGGCGAAACUGUUGGUGUUAUGAUUACUGCUUCUCACAAUCCCCCUCAAGACAAUGGGGUUAAAGUGGUGGACCCGUUGGGUAGUAUGUUGGAAAGCAAAUGGGAAACAUAUGCAUGCCAAUUGGCCAAUUCAUCAGUGGAAAAUUUGGCAAGUGCAGUUGAAGAUUUGGCUAAGGAGUUGAACAUCGAUUUAAACAGUGAGAGCAGUGUCGUUAUUGCUAGAGAUUCAAGAGAGAGUAGCCCAGCAUUAAAUAAAGCCACCAUUGAUGGAUUCAAGAGUGUUCCCAACACCAAAUACGAAGAUUUUGGAUUGUUGACCACCCCCGAGUUGCAUUACAUUACAAGAACAUUCAAUGAACCAAGUUUUGGAGAGAGGAAUGAAGAAGGUUACUAUAAAAAAUUGGCAGAAUCAUUUAGACAAAUAUUUGAGCUAUCGAAUGACAAUGCAAAGGUUGAUAUCACAAUUGACGCUGCAAACGGUGUGGGAGCACCCAAGAUAGACGAUUUAUUGAAAAAAUACCUUUCUGAUGAAGUCAGUUUUAACGUUGUUAAUGGUAAAUACGAGAAACCUGAAUUGUUAAAUUACGACUGUGGUGCUGAUUUUGUGAAAACUAAUCAAAAGUUACCCAAAAAUGUCCAACCUGUAUCAAAUAAACUAUACGCAUCAUUUGAUGGUGAUGCUGAUAGACUAAUCUGUUAUUACAAGGACUCAAAUGGUAUAUUUGUUCUUCUCGAUGGUGACAAAAUUUCGACAUUGAUUGCUUUGUUUUUGCAACAAAUCUUCAAAGAUAUCGAUUCAAGUAGAUUGAAGCUCGAUAUUGGUGUCGUUCAAACUGCUUACGCUAAUGGCUCCUCAACCAAAUAUGUUGAGGAUGUAUUAAAGUUGCCCGUUCGUUGUACUCCAACAGGUGUUAAACAUUUGCAUCACGAAGCAGAGAAAUUUGACAUCGGUGUUUACUUUGAAGCAAAUGGUCACGGUACUGUUGUCUUUAAAAAGGAAGCUGAGCAAAAGAUUUUUGAUUACAAAUCAGACUCACCCAAAGAAGAAGCAGCAGUCAAGAUUCUUCAAUAUUUCAGUCAAUUGAUCAACCAAACUGUGGGUGAUGCAAUUUCCGAUCUUUUGGUAGUCUUGGUCAUCUUACAUUAUCUCAAUUUAACUCCUGAACAAUGGAAUGAAGCAUAUUCUGAUUUACCCAACAAGUUAAUCAAAGUGGUUGUACCAGAUAGAACCAUUUUCAAAACCACAAAUGCUGAGAGAACAUUAGUGGAGCCUAAAGGAUUACAAACUAAAAUUGAUGAGCUUGUUGCAAAAUACUCACAGGGAAGAUCAUUUGUCAGGGCUUCUGGAACAGAAGACGCUGUGCGUGUUUAUGCUGAAGCAGAAACAAAAGAAGAUGUUGAGGCGUUGUCCAAAGCAGUUGCUGAUUUAUUAAAAUAG